AGAAGAUUUGAAAUAGAUACAGCAAACCCGAAGAAAAUACUUAAUAGUUUAUUAGAACGACAUCAUAGCAAAAUUGUUUUAGACAAAGUAUUAGUCAAGAGUAAAGAAAAGUUCAUGAAUGCAACAUUAAAAACAGAAGAAGAAGAGAUCAAAGAAGAGAAAAGAGUAAUACAAACCGGUCAUGGAAGAAAUCACAAAAAAAGAAUAGAAUGA